CAUGUACGAAAAACAUGAACGCUAGUGGGUGAAUCUCCUACUCUAAACAUUUUUGUCAGUGAUUUUUUUUAAAUUCACAAUAUCGAAAUGAUUUACUUGGAAAUCAUCAAUUUCACAAAUUGACAAAACGGAAUUUAAGUUCUGAAAUAUAAUAAAUCAUAGAUAUUUUUUGUGUUCGUUUAAUGACACCCAUUGUUGUAUGCCUAGACAGAGAAAAUCAUAAGUUUAUCAUUUGAAAACUGAUUAAAGGAUGCUUCAUCAUUUUUCUUGAUAUUAAUUUUUAUCUAAAGAACGUGCGUCAUAACAAUAUCAGUUUAUUUGUGAACGGCUAUUUGAAAAUUUUGUGAAAUUGUUCAAUUAACAUGGCUCUUUAUCCAUCUCUUGAGAAUCUAAAAAUAGAUAAUAACACUAAAAAAACGCAAAUAAAUCCAAUUCCUCAGUAUCCCACGAUUGUGCCAAAAUGUGCAAUAAAUGACAAAAAAACUUUGUACCCUCAAUUAGAUGACUACAUGGGCUUGGCACUUAACGAUGAAUCAAUUAAAAAUGAAAUUUAUUCUGUUAAUGAUAAUGAACUGUCUGAAAAAUCUAGAUCGUCAUCAACAAAAGCUUCGCUGUCAAAUGAUUUCAUUGAAUCACAGAGAACUCCAGUGAAUAAUGGAAUAAGAGAAUUGACGUUAUCUAAGGAUAAAGAUGGAAAAAUAGGAUUACGAGUACAUGCUGUACAGAAUGGUAUAUUCGUAUGUCUAGUAAGCCCAGGCUCUCCAGCAAUUCAGAGCGGGCUACGCUUUGGUGAUCAGAUCUUGGAAGUAAAUGGAACAUCAGUUGCUGGAUUUUCUAUGGAACAAGCUCAUAAAAUAUUUCAGAAUGCACCGGCUAAUAAUAUCAAGAUAGUCGUGCGAGAUAGACCUUUUGAACGCACCAUAGUUAUGCACAAAGACAGCUCUGGACAAAUAGGCUUUCAAUUUAAAGAAGGAAAAAUUAUUUCAGUUGUGAAAGAUUCAUCAGCAGCCAAGAAUGGACUCCUCACCGAUCAUCAAAUAUUGGAAGUGAAUGGAAAGAAUGUUAUUGGAUUGAAAGAUAAAGACAUAGUGGCUGAAAUAAAAAAAAGCUCUGAUACUGUAAUAAUAAAUGUCAUUCCAACCUACAUCUUUGAACAUAUUGUGAAAAAAGAGACAGCAGAUACAUACGUAAAUGACCAACUUAGGCCAAAAUACAUAAGUCUGCCAUCAAUCUUACGUUGAUUUGGCUACUAGUAGGGAUGAUGAUUAAAAUUGAAUGAUACUUUAAGAGAAGAUUAUUAAACAGAAGUCAAAAUUGGGAGUUGAUCGUAGUUUAAGGAAAAAAUUUAUCAGAGAAAAAGAAUUUUAUUUGCUUUAAGAGUUUUUUUCAUAGUAAUCUGGGGCUGUAUUUCUCUUUCUCUUUGUGUACUCUCUCCUGUUAUUAUCGACCGAGUUAGCCUUGUGUGUGUGUCUUCCUCAGUGAGCUUUUUCCAGGUCACUUCUCUCACUUAUUACUCGGGCAUUUACUAUAGUGAUUAUUGUUCCUUGACAUAAAAACUAGACCCCAUCGGCAAAAUUUUUAAAGUCAAAGAAAUUGGCUCAGAGUUUCAGCAAUUAAUAUUUCAGAAUAAAGUAUUUUGAAAUAUUCAUUUUUAAAAUUUUUUUUCUCAGUAUGGAAGACUUGCAACAAAAAAAUAUGAAAUUGACUUUAUUCAUUUUUAUUCAAAUUUUAUCGAUUUUUAUUUGUUUUAUUUGAAAAUUUAAGUAGAGUACACUACUCGUAUUCUGUAGAGUUAAUUAUGAGCUUGAAUUGCAAAUCUUAUCUACUUUAUAUUCAAUAGCAAAAAGCGAAAACCCGAAGCUGUGAUGAAGAAAGUUGUUUUCAAACAAACUCAAUAUUUACUUUAGCCAAUAAAACUACAACAGAAUUGCUCAUGAAUUCAAU